CGGCGGGGGCGGUGUACGGGCCGCGCGCGCGCUCCGCCCGGGCUUCGGCGUUUAUAGCUCGGCGCUGGCCGGCCCGUGGCGCCUGCCGUGCGUGGGGUCGCGAUGUCAGGGCUGCAGCCGGGUGCGGAGCGGCGGCGUGAGGAGCCGAGCGCGCCGGCCCCGCCGGCCUCUCGCUUCGUGCUGGGGCUGGACGUGGGCAGCACGGUGAUCCGCUGCCACGUCUAUGACCGGACGGCGCGGGUCCGAGGCUCCAGCGCGCAGAAGGUAGAAAAUAUUUACCCUCAACCUGGCUGGGUUGAAAUCGAUCCUGAUUCUCUCUGGGCUCAGUUUGUUGCUGUAAUAAAAGAUGCUGUCAAAGCGGCAGGAGUGCAGAUGAACCAAAUUGUCGGUCUCGGCAUCUCAACGCAGAGAGCCACUUUUAUCACGUGGGACAAGAAAACAGGACAUCAUUUUCACAAUUUCAUUAGUUGGCAAGACCUAAGGGCAGCUGAACUUGUAAAGUCCUGGAAUAAUUCUCUUAUAAUAAAGCUCCUGCAUGGUACCUGCCGAGUCCUUCACUUUUUCAGUAGAAGUAAGCUAAUGUUAACAAUCAGCCGCUUCAGGUUCACCACCCAGCAUGUCACCUUAAGACUGGUCUGGAUUCUACAGAACCUGUCUAAGGUGCAAAGGGCAGUUGAAGAGGACAAUUGCUGCUUUGGGACUGUUGACACCUGGCUGUUACACAAGCUCACAAAAGGUUCUUCAUAUGCCACAGAUUAUUCAAACGCCAGUACAACUGGAUUUUUUAAUCCAUUUGAGAUGUGUUGGAGCAAGCUCUUAGCCACUAUAGUUUCCAUACCUAUCUCCAUCCUGCCGCCCGUGAAGGAUACAAGCCAUAAUUUUGGGACAGUGGAUGAAGAGAUAUUCGGCGUGCCUAUACCAGUUGUUGCCUUGGUUGGUGACCAGCAGUCGGCCAUGUUUGGAGAGUGCUGCUUCCAGACAGGAGAUGUGAAACUAACCAUGGGAACCGGGACGUUUUUGGAUAUUAAUACUGGAAACAGCCCUCAGCAUACUAAUGGAGGCUUUUAUCCGUUAAUUGGAUGGAAGAUUGGGCAAGAAGUUGUGUUUUUGGCUGAAGGCAAUGCAGGAGACACGGGUACUGCUAUCAUAUGGGCUCAAAAGUUAGAUCUUUUCACGGAUGCUGCGGAGACUGAGAAAAUGGCCUUGAGUCUGGAAGAUUCUGAAGGGGUUUAUUUUGUUCCAUCUUUUAGUGGAUUGCAGGCCCCAUUAAAUGACCCCUGCGCUUGUGCCUCUUUUAUGGGUUUGAAGCACUCCACUAGUAAAUUCCAUCUUGUCCGAGCAAUACUGGAGUCGAUAGCCUUCAGGAACAAGCAGUUAUAUGAUAUGCUGCAGAGGGAGAUCCAGAUUCCAAUCACGAAUAUCCGGGCGGAUGGAGGCGUCUGUAACAACGCUUUUGUCAUGCAGAUGACUUCAGACCUGAUUAAUGAGAAUAUAGACAGGCCUGCCCACUUCGACAUGUCCUGCUUGGGGGCAGCCACCCUGGCUGGCCUAGCUGUGGGAUUCUGGGCUGACAAGGAAGAGCUACAGAAGCUGAGGCAGAGUGAGAUGGUUUUCAGGCCUCAGAAGAAGUGCCAGGAAUACAAAGUGAAUAUGGAAAACUGGGUGAGAGCCGUGAAGCGCUCCAUGAACUGGUACAGCAAGGCGUAAGGCUGAGGAGCCGCUGACAGGAUGUGCCCAGGGAGAGGCCCAGCGCUGACACCCCGACCGUGACCGAGAGAAGAUUCACAACGAGCUUCAAGCCUCUCAAGCCGAGAGAAGUGGUGUUGCUCCUUUUCAAAAACUCUCUCUCUCUCACACACACACACACAAAAUACUUUUUUUAUACAAAUCUUAGUGAAAUGUUUAGGCUGCGAUACCUCAAAAUUGUGUCUCCUUUCUUCCAGCAGUCUCCGAAGGACACUGUCCACUCCCAAAGCACUUUGAUAGUUGUGAGCCCUCCUCUGUUUUUGUUUUUUUUAAUACAGGGUCAGUGGCAGACAGGCCACAGUAAUUCAGCCUCUGAGAGCCUCUGGUUCUGCAUCAGACACCAUCACAUUUUGUUAGAAAUUAAGAACAAUUUUUCUUACAUUUCAAACGAAGUGGACUAUUUGAAAUCCAGAGUGCUAAAAAGGAGGACUAACUGAGAAAAUGUUUUCAUAUGAGCUCUUUAUGCCGCUCCGAGAGGGGCUCAUUAGCACUUUCCUUUGUUGAGCGUGAAGAUGCGGCCUCCAUUCUUCUAACGGUUGUUUUGUUACUGUUGUCGAGGCAACGGCGCCACUGUGCAGCCCAGGCUGCCUGGAAACAUGAGAGUCUCCUGCCUCAGCCCCUCGGAUUGUGGGAUUGUAGGUGUGCGGCUGCGUGCCUUGCUGAGGACUCCUCCUUCACCGAGGAAUGAGUUUUAGCUUGUGGUUAGUGAGCCUGGGUCUGGUAGCAAAUAUCGAGACUUUCAAGGCUGAGGCCAGAGGAGUGUAAGCGUAAGCGUGAAGGCUGUCUGAGCAAUGUGGGGAGUUCCAGGCAAUCUGGGCACAAUAGUGAAGCCCUGUCUUUAAAAAUACCUUUUGUUUUGUUUGAAAAAAGAUCUUAAUGUCUAACCCGUGCUGGUUUCUGACUCUUGAGCCUCCUGCUUUAAUCUCCAGAGUUGUGUGUAGCGGUCUAUUUUUAUAAAGUGCAAGAAGAUUUACAUCAACUUUAUCUUUUUUGUUGAAAUUCUUGCAUAAAUGUCUCUUUAAAAAAAAAAACCUACUUGACAGAGUUUAAAUUAUUAUUAGGUUUUGUUGUUUUGUUUUGUUUUGUUUUUUGGGAACAGAGUCCAUUAUAUAGCUCAGGCUGGCCUAAAACUCCAAGUCCUCUUUUCUCAGUCUCCCGAGGAGCUAGGCUUGUAGGCAUGUGCCACACUUAGCAUCAGAGUUUACUGUGAAGUGCCCUAGAUUAUCGGUAACUUAAGAAUUGCCUUCAUGGGUCACUUGAUGUGUCUUUUGGAGUUUGUCUGUCCCGCUCGCUUUUGAGGGUUGGCAGGGGCUGGCUGAUGAAGUAAUGGACUGUGUGCUUGGUAAUGAUUGCCGUAAGCCAGUCUGCCGCUGAGCCAGAGUCCCUCCUUAUGAAGCAUUGCUGUCCCUGGAAGACUGGAGGGGUACACUCAGAGCCUCUGGCUGGGGUAAAUUGUCCAAGAGCGGUUGCUGGUGCUCCGUCCUGUUCGACAUCACUCGCCCCUCUCUCCAGGGGAAUUUGGAUUUUCUUGAGUGUGAAUGAACUUGUUCCCAUCUUGGUCAAUAUCACAUAAAAGUGCUACCACUGUAGAGCCAUCUACUUCAUAAUUAUGUUACUGAAGGAACAACUGGCAGAGGGAAUGUUGCUGCUGCUGUCAUAUGUCCAUUUGGGAGUCAGUCAUGCGAGAAUGAAUAGGUACAUUGAGCUUUCUGCAAAUUAUUUUCCUGAGUUCCCAGUGUCUUCAGUCGUUAAAAAAAAAAAAAAAAGUUUCUUAAUGGAAACAUUGUAGCAAACAUGUAGCAUCUUUGGCUCUAUUAACUUUGGAGAGUGAAGACGGCUCAGCAGGCAAAGGCCCUUGUCAUACAAGCUUGCUGACCUGAAUCCAGUCCCCGGAAGAAAUCCAUGUAACAGUGAAGGAGGAAAGCUGCAGAGUUUUCUUAUGACCUCCACAUGUGCAUGGUGUUGUGUGCACAUCCCCCAAAAUAAUAAAAACUCUAAAAAAUUUGGAAAUAUUUUUGUUAGAGGCAUUUUUGUUUACUGCAACAAAUCAGAACUCACGUAGAUAAUAUCUUACUCUUCUACAGCAUUUUUACACAGCUUUGUGGCCAAUUACAGGUUCUCCCGUCAUGUGAAAGCUGCUUAUUUGAAUGUUUUGUAUAGGUUCUGCUGAUAGGUAUGAUUUCAGGAAGUAAUUCUGUCCUUUUGUCUUAGGGCAGACUGAAUUGUGAUGUUAAUUACUAAAAGUGCCAUUUGCCAUUUCUUCCCUAUGCUCUUCCUAAUAUACAACUUCAGAGAAAAGGAUAAAUACCUUUUAGAUAAUGUUAAAAACAGCUAAUAUCUCAUUCAAAUUGAGUGUCUUUUAUAAGAUCAGUGACUCUUUUUCCUCCUCCUCCUCUUCCUCCUCCUCCUCCUCCUCUUCCUCCUCCUCUUCUUCUUCUCCUUCUGUGGAUCUAGAAGCUAACCUUUUGCUUUUUGGCAUUUCUGGCCAAUUUUAAUGACAGGGCUUAGUGACUCUUGUAAGAGUUAAGUAAAAUCAGAAAUAUGUCAUUUGCUUUUUUGGUUGUAGAAACAGUUGCUAAUCAAAAGCAAUGGAAGAAAAUCAUCCCUUCAUCUGCCUUUUGAAAAUAAUUUUAAUAUGCUAAUAUUUCUUAGCAUAUUUUCUUUUCCCAUUAUAGACCUACCAGGCAUUUUAAGGGGUUGCCAGCAACCUCGGGACAGUGUUCCUUUGCAGCCUGUACUAAAGUGGUACUAAUUGCUUUAUCUAUGACUUACUGACCUUCAGAUCUCUUGUGUUAUCAGUGGUAUGGUUCAUCAGUUUCAGCAUUGAUCUUUGUUUUUGUGAUAUGGUCUCAGGGUGUAGCCCUGGCUGUCCUGGAACUCACUCUUCAGACCAGGCUGUCCCACACUCACAAAGCUCUGCCUGCCUCUGCCUCCUGAGUGCUGGGGUUAAAGAUGUGCCUCCGUACCUUGCAACAUAAACAUUUUGAACUGGAUCUGUCUUUGCUUUGGGGUGCUGUGCUGGAUACAGUAGGAUGCUUGGCAGUCCCUGACCUCCACUGUUCAGCAUUUCCCUGCUUUUUAUGGUUCCAAAAUGCCUGCCAACAUUGGCCAUCCCAGGAGGCAAGAAAUCAUUGUCAUUGGAGAACCACUGCCAGCUCUUUGAUACUGGCUAUUAGAAGAAAAAUGAAGAUUUUUCUUCAUUUUUAACAUUUACAAUAUUCUCUUCAUUGUUUUCCCCUAGGAAAUUAUUUUUUUUGGGGGGAGGGUAUAUGUCAAUUCAGGUUGCUUUUUUUUUUUCAAUUUAGCUUUAUUUUAUUUUCUAUAAUUUAUUCAGUUUCCAUCCUGAUUGUAGCCCCCUCCCUUGUCUCCCCUGGGUUCCACCCUCCCUCUUCCCACCAGUCCCCUCCUUCAGUUCUCAGAAAGGGGGAUCCCUCCUCCCCUACCAUCUGACCCUAGCCUAUCAAGUCUCAUUAGGACUGCCUGCAUCCUUUUCCUCUGUGGCUUGGCAAGACUCUCCACUAGGGGGAAGUGAUCAAAGAGCAGGCAACAGAGUCCAUGUCAGAGACAGCCCCUGCUCCGUUACUAGGGAACACACAUGGAGAUUGUGCUGCCUGUCAGCCACAUUUACUGGUGCUUUCUCAGACAAUUGGGAAUAGUGCUAGCUCAAGACCCAGCUGUAUCACUCCUGGGCAUACACCCAAAAGAUGCUUCACCAUACAAAAAGGACAUUUGCUCAACCAUGUUCAUAGCAGCUUUAUUCAUAGUAGUCAGAAACUGGAAAUAACCUAGAUGUACCUCAACCAGAGAAUGGAUAAAGAAACUGGUACAUUCAUGCAAUGGGAUAUUACUCAGCUAUUAAAAAUAAGGAAAUCAUGAAAUUUGCAGGCAAACAGAUGGAAGUAGAAAAGAUCAUCCUGAGUGAGAUAACCAGAACCAGGAAAUGAAUUUUUAACAACAAAAAAAUAGGUAGUAUCCUAAAAUACAGUUUCGGUUUUGCUGGAUAGUGAAGAAAAAGUAUUGGUUGCUUGUGAUCUCACCUCUCUGGAUGGAUCAAACCUAGAGCCUUGAGCCUGGUAGUCAACUAUUCUACUACUGAACUAUAUCCCAGCCUAUAUGUCUCCUCUAACAGAUUCUUCUAUACCUCAGCUCUACCCCUGUGUGGUCAUACUUAGUGGGUAUUUGGUAUGGCGGAUAUAUUUUGGAGACUAUCUGUCCCUACCCGUUUUUUUGAGACAGGGUCUUACUCUGUAGCCUAGGUUGGCCCAGAACUCAUGGUAGUGCUCCUGCCUCAGCCUCCUGGGUGCUGGGAUUACAGACAUGAAUCACCAAGCCUUUGCUUCACUUUCAUCGCUGAACUAGGAAAGGAUCACUGUCCCAAACCCUGACUAGAUUUGGCGCUUCCUGAAGCUGAAGCCAUGUUUGCUCCUCCCAGAACUUAACACUGUGCCUUCAUGUUUAUGGAUGGGUUUUUACUUCGCAUUUGUCCUUGAUCUUACACUCAUUGAUAGUGUCUUAUGCUUGUGGAAAGGGUAGACAUUUACAGCUGGAGUCAUGAUGCUGAUUUUUUAAAAAAGUGUAUAUUUUCAAAUAUAUUUUUAUAGAGAUAUACAGCCAUAGGUACACAUGGGUGUAGCAGCUUCUAGUUGCUGGUCUGGGAAUUUACCCUGGAGUCUGGUUCAUGCUAAACAUGCCUAGCUACUUUUGACUUUUUAAGGUAUAGUUAAAACUUUUAUUCACAGGUUUUAUAUAUUAGACUGCAGAUAACUAACAUUGUAUUUUAAGAGUGCCUAAUACUCUGGUGCUAUAGAAAAAAAUCCCAGUAGUAGCCCCCUGAUUAGGCAAAACACAUAUACUGGGGACCUGUUGUGUUUUUGUUUUGUUUUGUUUUGUUUUGAGGGCUUUUGUUGUUGUUGUUUAGUUGGUUUGGUUUGGUUUUAUUCGAGACAGGGUCUCACUAUGUAACUAUGGCUGCCCCGGAACUCACUAUGUAGACCAAGCUAGGGUCAAACUCAGAGGUCUGCCUCCCAAGUGCUGAGAUUAAAUGUCCCCUGGAGCCACUUUGUUCUGUGCUGGAGACUAGAAUUAAUGUAAAAUAGUACAGCUCAAGAGGCUGGCAAGACUUUUACAGUUCUUUGAAGAGAGAUCACCACUACGCUUCAGAGUCCUCCAACUUUGAAUCUGUAGUCAUCCAGAAGUAUCUAUAGAAGGCUUGAAGGGAGUUUAGACUGUGCUUUUCAAAUAAGGGUAAGAAGUUUCAGACACUCCCUGAACCUUUAAGAUUUUCCUGAUUGGGAACCCAAAGCCUGAAGGAGGCUUCGGAAUUGGAUAGUUCUGAAGUUCUGUUAUUCUGUUCUUACAGCCUUUCUGCCCUUUGUAUUUUUCCUUCGUAUCUAGAUAGCUAUUGUGAUUGCUUAGGAAAAGCUGACAUAGGGAUUCCAGCUCAAACGGUUCUUAUGUUGGCAGGCAGCUCAGUGUGGUAGAGCUCAUGUCUAGUGUCUACAGGGCCCUAGGUUUGAUGCCCAGAACUAUAAAAUAGAAAGACAAAGUCUAUAUACCGAGCGGCUGUCCCACUUCACGAUUCAGACAUCAGUGUGUGAGCCACCCAGUUUCCCCAUGUCCUCUCUCCAGCGUUUAGUGGUGUUGAAUAUUAUUUCAUGUGCUUUUUGCUCCCUGCUUGCCAUCACCUUUUCAUUAUCUUUGUCAAGGUGCCAAUUGGAUUGUUUGCUAAACGAGCCAUAUCUUUAAAAAAAUUUUUGUAAAUAAAACCAGAUUUGGGAAGUCAUUAGGUAGGGCUUUUCAAAUCAUUUAAGGCAAAAUGUUAUAGGAUGUCUUAGCAUGUGCCCAGCAGAAGGGCUCUUCUGUGCUCAGCACUGCUCAUUACACAGCGCUGGGUGCAUACUGUGAAAAUAAAUAAAUAAAACAGUUUCAAAGGCAGCUGUACACUCAAGAUGUCCAGCAGUGUGUUCAGACAAAUACUUUGUAUAUAACACUCAUCAUGUUUUUAACUCUGUGCAAAACGGUAUGAUUUAUGUAAAGGUUCAGAAUGAUUUUGUUACAAAUUAAUUAGAAAAGGUGGAUAAAUACAGAUUUGAAUUUUCAUAUAUCGGUAAAUUUAUGAUCUUAUUUCUCUCAUUGUUAUGUCAGUUUUAUUAAAUAUUGAGACUGCCAUAAACCAUUUUAAAGAUCUUUAAUAAAAUCAAAGAUGAACACAGCAAUAGAAA